AUGGUUUUUCGGUACAGUAGUGAGGCAGAUUUCGAUUACGUUGCUUAUUUCGAACAGGCCGUCGACUUUCUUCAUCACUUCAAAUGGAUCUUUUGCUUCAGUAACACUCAGUUCGUACGGAAACGCGUGCUGGACAAGAUUCCUCCGGAAUGGAUCGAUAAUUUGGACUCCGCAUCGAACGAAGAAUUCAACCGGAUCCCAUUGGGAUACGUCGCCGACAGUUGGUGCGACUCUUUGCGAAGUUUUCUGGCGCGACGCAACCGUUUGCUUAUUGAGUACGAUCACCACGAUUCCGGUGUGUCUGUUAGCAAACCCCGCAAAGGAAUCGGCCACAAAAAGUGGUACGAAAUCGAGAGCCUCUCAUCGUUCAUUGGAAAGGUCAUCGAUGAGCGCACCGUUGUCGAUUUCGGAAGUGGAUUGGGUUACUUGAGUCAACACAUUCACGAGCAACACCGGCUGAAAGUUCUCGGUAUCGAAGGCAGUAAGCAGCUGGUAGAAACGAGCCAGUGCCGCCAAAAAGAGCUCUACCCAACGUCCAAAGAUGCCGUACAGUUUGUGGACCACUUCAUUACGGAGGAUUCUUUCCCGUACAUCGAGCAUCAGAUCUUGGACCGUUUCUCUGCCGACCUACCGCUCCCGCUGGCGAUCGUUGGGCUUCACGCGUGUGCCGAUCUUUCAAUCACCGCCGUGCGACACUUCCUGCACUGUCCCUCGGUACGGGAGCUGAUCAUAAUGCCGUGUUGUUACCACAGAAUGAAACCGCUGGCCGACGGGGAAACGUUUGUGAACGUACCCGUGAGCAACGAACUACGGAUGGCGAUGGCAAACGGGAAAAAGGACAUCAUCUGUCGAUCAUUCCUGCGUCUGGGUUGUCAGCAAACGGCCGCACGGUGGAAGGGGACUACCAGCGAGGAUCAUCUACAGCACGGGAGGACCAUGUUCCAGCGCGGGCUGGUGGACGCAAUAUUAGAGAGCGGCGAAUCGGUAAAGAUGCUCAAAGGCAAACCCCGGGUGCCAAGCGAGACGACGAUGGAUACAAUUUUCCAGCGAUUCGCGCUUCAGAAGGACUGUGAUGGUCCUACCAGCUGGACGGAGAGCCAUCGAGAACGGCUCACCAUUCUUCUGCGUCGAUACCCCGGAGGUGAUCGCAUCUCUGAGUAUCUGGAGUGUCUUCAGACGUGCCUUCAGGCCAUUUGCGAAAACCUCAUUCUGUUGGACCGAAUGUGCUACCUGGAGGGGAUGAGUGACAAGCAUGGGACAAGAAUCCGACGGAAUCUCAUUCGACUGCGAGACGAUGGACUGUCUCCUCGGUGCUUCAUUUUCUAUGCAGCCAAGAAAGGGGGGCCCGAUGAAAGAAAGCCACAGGACGCUUCGAUUACGUGA